AUGCAAGAGGAUGUGAACAGUGUCAGUCCAACGCUAGGCUUCAUCAUCAAGACGAUCGACUACGACGGCUACAAGCUGAAUAUUUGGGACGUUGGAGGGCAGAAGACACUCCGAACGUAUUGGAAGAACUACUUCGAGAAGACAGACACGCUCAUCUGGGUUGUUGACGCGACUGAUCGCGAGCGACUGGACGACUGUCGACAUGAACUGAAAGGACUGCUUGUGCAGGAGCGCUUGAUGGGCGCCUCUCUCCUCGUCUUCAAGAACAAGAGCGACGUGCCGGGGUGCCUGACUGAAGACGAAAUAUGCGAGGGCCUGCAACUCGACACGAUCCAGACUCAUAAAUGGCAUGUUAUACCGUGCUCUGCUAUUACAGGCGAGAAUCUACAGCAAGGCCUAGAAUGGGUCGUCAAGGAUGCGAAAGACCGUCUCUUCUUGUACUAA